AUGGACCGAGUGCCAUCGGCACUGGCCGUUAAGAUGCGUUGGAUCACGCUGGUGCUCGCCGGCUUGACUUUCUGGGGCAAGCUGUCAAUUUGUAGCUGUUUCGACUACGAGGAGCAGACCUACGAGCUGCAGCCAGUCCGCGAGUCAGGCUCAUCUGCAUCCUUUACCAUCAACCUCAACAUCCUUCACAUGCCCCCUCGAUCUGUUCUAGCUCUCUUGCGUUGGAUUCAGUGGAGGUUAUUUGGCGUUAAGUCCCCUUAUGCUGUAUUCUGGGGAGACAUCGCUUUAGACGAAGAGGAUCUACGCAUGUUCCAGAUUGACAGGACGAUAGACCUGACACAGCACACUAACACUAAUACACACUCCCGACAGGGACACAACUCAGGUGGCCAAGAGGAACACGAGGUUGCCAAGACCAGAGGAUCAUUAUACCUGCUGCUGGAGAGAAUACGUAGAUUUGGCUUUGGUACGAACCCCUCACUGCACACAAUCUGUGGGAAGACCGGGAAUGUUGUGAAGAGACGCAUUCCUCGAGCGGCCACAUCCCGCGCUGAGAGGAUAUGGCCCGGGGGAGUCAUCCCAUACGUCAUCGGAGGGAACUUCACUGGUAGUCAGAGGGCCAUGUUUAAGCAGGCCAUGCGUCACUGGGAGAAACAGACAUGUGUAACUUUCAUUGAGAAGACGGAUGAGGAGAGCUACAUAGUCUUCACCUACAGACCUUGCGGGUGUUGUUCCUACGUUGGUCGCCGCGGCAACGGGCCCCAGGCCAUUUCCAUCGGGAAGAACUGUGAUAAGUUUGGCAUUGUGGUGCACGAGUUGGGCCAUGUCAUCGGCUUCUGGCACGAGCACACACGGCCUGACCGUGACGAUCAUGUGACCAUCAUACGGGAUAACAUCCAACCAGGCCAAGAGUAUAACUUCCUUAAGAUGGAGCCAGGCGAGGUCAACUCUCUGGGGGAGCCAUAUGACUUCGACAGCAUCAUGCAUUACGCUAGGAAUACCUUCUCACGGGGGAUGUUCUUGGAUACCAUCCUUCCAUCAAGAGACGAGAACGGGAUCCGGCCAGCUAUCGGCCAGCGUACCCGGCUCAGUAAAGGAGACAUUGCCCAGGCAAGGAAGCUUUACAGAUGCCCAGCUUGUGGAGAGACACUCCAAGAGUCAACGGGGAACUUCUCGUCUCCUGGUUAUCCCAACGGGUACCCAUCUUACACACACUGUGUCUGGAGGAUAUCUGUUACACCAGGAGAAAAGAUCGUUCUGAACUUCACCACCAUGGACCUGUAUAAGAGCCCUCUCUGCUGGUAUGACUAUAUUGAGGUUCGAGACGGUUACUGGAGAAAAGCCCCACUAUUAGGCAGGUUUUGUGGGGACAAGAUUCCUGAGGUCCUGCUCUCCACAGACAGCAGAAUGUGGAUUGAGUUUCGCAGUAGCAGCAACUGGGUGGGGAAGGGCUUUGCAACGGUUUAUGAAGCGAUCUGUGGAGGGGACAUCACUAAGGACUCGGGACAGAUCCAGUCUCCCAACUAUCCGGACGACUACCGACCAUCCAAAGAAUGUGUGUGGAGGAUCACUGUGUCUGAAGGAUACAACGUUGGACUCAGCUUCCAAGCCUUUGAGAUUGAGAGGCAUGACAGCUGCGCAUACGACUACCUGGAGGUGCGAGAUGGUCCUCUGGAGACGAGCCCCCUCAUUGGUCGAUUCUGCGGCUAUGAUAAACCCGAUGAUGUGCGUUCUACCUCACACACUCUCUGGAUGAAGUUUGUCUCAGACGGGACUGUCAACAAGGCUGGUUUUGCUGCUAACUUCUUUAAAGAGGAAGAUGAGUGUGCCAAGCCAGACAACGGGGGUUGUGAACAGAGGUGUGUGAACACUCUUGGUAGCUUUAAAUGUGCCUGUGACCCGGGGUAUGAACUUGGUCCCGACAAGAAAAGCUGCGAAGCCGCAUGUGGGGGUCUCCUCUCUAAGCUGAACGGGACCAUCAGCACUCCAGGCUGGCCAAAGGAGUAUCCACCCAACAAAAACUGUGUGUGGCAGGUGGUCGCCCCUACUCAGUACCGCAUUUCCAUGCAAUUUGAAGCCUUUGAGCUGGAGGGCAACGAGGUGUGUAAGUACGACUAUGUGGAGGUGCGCAGUGGCCUUUCAUCCGACUCCAAGCUGCAUGGUAAAUACUGUGGAACCGAAGUCCCAGAGGUCAUCACCUCUCAGUACAACAACAUGAGGAUUGAGUUCAAGUCAGACAACACCGUCUCCAAGAAGGGCUUCAAGGCUCACUUCUUCUCAGACAAGGACGAGUGUAGCAAGGACAACGGCGGCUGCCAGCACGAGUGCAUCAACACGGUGGGCUCCUACGUGUGUCAGUGUCGCCACGGCUUCGUGCUGCACGAGAACAAGCACGACUGUAAGGAAGCUGAGUGUGAGCACAAGAUCCACAGCCCCAGUGGGACCCUGAGCAGCCCCAACUGGCCUGACAAGUACCCCAGCCGUAAGGAGUGCACCUGGGACAUUACGGCCACCCCGGGACACAGAGUCAAGAUAGCCUUUAAUGAGUUUGAGAUUGAGCAGCAUCAGGAAUGUGCGUACGACCACCUGGAGGCGUUUGAUGGGGACAGUGACACCGCAGCCAUCCUAGGUCGUCUGUGUGGCAACAAAAUCCCCGAGCCCCUGGUUUCCACGGGCAACAGGAUGUACCUACGCUUCAUCUCGGAUGCCUCAGUGCAGAGGAAGGGCUUCCAGGCCACACACUCCACUGAAUGUGGAGGCCGUCUGAAAGCGGAAACCCGUCAGAAGAACCUCUACUCCCACUCCCAGUUCGGAGACAAUAAUUACCCCGGCCACACUGACUGUGAGUGGCUAGUCACAGCAGAACAGGGCUAUGGCAUAGAGCUGACCUUCACCACUUUUGAAGUGGAGGAGGAGGCGGACUGUGGUUAUGACUACAUCGAGCUGUACGAUGGGUACGACAUCAACUCGCACCGGCUGGGUCGCUUCUGUGGUUCAGGGCCGAGGGAGGAGAUCUAUUCACCUGGAGACGCUGUGCUGAUCCGUUUUCAUAGCGAUGAUACCAUCAGCAAGAAGGGUUUCCACAUCCGUUACACAAGCACCAAGUUCCAGGAGAGCCUUCACACCAGGAAAUGAUCUCACAACCCCCUGAAGUUUGACGUUCAUGUCGCCCCACCACUGUCACCUUGACCUGCCCUUCACCAUGGCAAAAAAACAAAAACAAAAAAAAAAACUAGACAACAAUCCCUUCUUCUUUGACCCACAGACACUCCACAAGCACAAGACUUAAUAUUGUGGACGUCUGUCAGACACGAGAGAGGAGGAAGAUUAUAUGUGACCUGAACAAUGGCCUCCUUCAAACGCGCCAGUGAUCAUUGCACUGUAAGAGGAGACCGGAAGAGGAAUGUGAAUUUUCUUUGAGAUACAUACCAGUGGUAAGCUUUACCACCAGAGUCAAUCCUGACCACUCGCUUCGUGGCGAGUGAGUCACUCUUGGGGAAAGACGGCGGUGACAAACUUUGAAACUCUUGACUAAUAUGCCUGCACAAAUAGAAAUCAUCAACUUUUCUGUAAACUUCAGACAGAGGCCCUUUUUCGCACCGUUGAAAAGGGGUUGCACAGUAUAAAAAGAUUAACUCAUGUGUGCAUAUGUAACACACACGUGCACACACGUGUCACACUUGUUCAGAUGUACAGACUAUGGAUGCUUCAACUGAGAGGAGAAGCAUCGAUUCCCGGUUGGACGGAGCCACAAAGGGCGGUGCCGGAGAGGUUUCGGGCACGAGAAAAUACGUUCGAUCUGGGUCCAAACGGUUCGAUCCACAGUGGCAGGACGAGGGUGUUUCCGAGGCCGCGUUGACUCGAGCCUUGGUCCGUACACACGGCAAACCGAGA